UCAAGACCCCUAAGAACGUGGAGGCAGGUGUGGAUAUUGCAGCAGGGACCCCAGUGAGCAAUGUCUGGCCCGUGCCAGAGCCUGGCACCCAGGAGGAGGCAGCACCACGUGUGUACUUCCCAGAGACGUGGCUGUGGGACCUGGUGCCUGUGGGCGAGGGGGGCUCCAAGGACGUCCCAGUCUCAGUGCCUGACACCAUCACGGAGUGGAAAACUGGAAUGUUCUGCACGGCGGAGGUGGGCUUUGGGCUCUCGCCCACGGCCAUCUUCACGGCCUUCAAACCCUUCUUUGUGGAGCUGGCCUUGCCGUACUCCGUGAUCCGGGGAGAGGCCUUCGGCGUAAAGGCCACUGUCUUCAACUACCUGCGGCAGUGCAUCAAGGUGCGGGUGACACUGGCAGAGUCUGCACAGUUUCAGGUGCAGGCGGGCGAGGAUGGCACCUACACCAGCUGCCUCUGUGCAGACGAAGGGAAAACCUUCCAGUGGGAGGUGACGGCGAGCAGCCUGGGGAAGGUGAACUUCACCGUCAGCACCGAGGCUCUGCACACCAAGGAGCUGUGUGGCACAGAGCUGGCCGUGGUGCCGGCCCAGGGGCGAGUGGACACUGUGAUAAAGCCCCUGCUGGUCCAGCCGGGGGGGAUCCUGGAGGAGAAGGCGUACAGCUCCCUGCUCUGCCAGGAAGCCUCCGAAGGAAUCUCCUUGCAGCUGCCUGGGAACGUCCUGGCAGGGUCUGAGCGGGCCCACGUGACUGUCCUGGGAGACAUAGUGGGCACGGCUCUGCAGAACAUAGACCAUCUGCUGGGCAUGUCUGAUGGCAAUGGAGAGAGGAAUAUGCUCUGGUUUGCUCCCAACAUCUACAUCCAGCAGUACCUGGAGAAGAGCGGGCAGCUGAGCCCGGAGAUCAGAGACAAGGCCCAGGGAUUCCUCCAGAGCGGCUACCAGCGCGAGCUGCUCUAUAAACACGAUGACGGCUCUUACAGCGCCUCUGGGGAGAGAGACGCCAGGGGCAACAUCUGGCUGACGGCCUUCGUUCUCAAGUCCUUUGGCCAGGCCAGGCCCUACAUCUCCAUCGACGAGAAGCACCUACAGGACGCCGUAAGGUGGCUGCAGCGCCGCCAGCUGGAGAGCGGCUGUUUCUGCAGUGCGGGGAAGCUGUUGAACGCCCUGCAGGACAGCGUGGUGGACGAGCUCUCUCUCUCAGCUUACAUCGCGGUGGCGCUGCUGGAACUGGGGCAGCCGCUCACGGACCGCAUGGUGACCAGGGUCCUCCAGUGCCUCCGGGAGUCGAGCACCAGCGACCUCUACACACAGGCGCUGCUGGCCUACGCCUUCGGGCUGGCGGGGAGCACUGAGCCGCGGGACGCCCUCCUGCAGCGCCUGGCCCAGCACAGCAUCAGCGCCGGGGGACAGCUGUACGGGCAGAGAAAGUCCCUCUACAGCCUCUAUGGGACCCAGGCUUCUUCGGUGGAGAUGACAGCUUACGUGCUCCUGGCCUAUCUCUCCCUGCCCAACAUGUCUGUUGCCGACAUGACGACCGCUGCCCAGAUCGUCCGCUGGCUCAUUAAGCAGCAGAACCCCAACCAGGGCUUCCCCUCCAUGCAGGGCACAGUGGUGGCCCUGCAGGCCCUGGCCAGAUACGCAGCCGUGGCGAGCGGGGCUGUGUCGGUGACAGUGAGCUCCCAGGCUGGGGCCCGGCAGCAAUUUCACAUGGACAACGCCAACCGGUUGGUGCUGCAGCGAGCGGCCCUGCAGGAGAUCCCCGGGCAGUACACGGUGCGGGCCAGCGGCAAGGGCUGUGUCUUUGUGCAGCUGACUCUGCACUACAACGUGCCGCCCCCAAAGAGCGCCGCGACCUUUGACCUGCGGGUGGUGACGGAGCCGAAGGAGUGCACCGAGAGCGCCAGAUCCCGCUUCAGCCUCGUGCUGCACAUCCGGUACAGCGGGGAGCGCCCAGCCACCAACAUGACCAUCAUCAAGGCCAAGCUGCCGUCCGGCUACACCCCCGUCCAGGGCUCCCUGCGGCAGCUGGAGAAGCAGCCUUUGGUGAAGAGGCUGGAGGUGCAGAACGACCAGGUGACGCUCUAUCUGGACCAGCUGACAAAGGAGGCGGCGAGUUUUACCUUCUCCCUGGAGCAGGAUUUCCCUCUGAAGAAUCUCAGAGCAGCCCCAGUGAGACUGUACGAUUACUACGAGACGGGUGAACACACAGAGGCUGAGUACAGCGCCCCCUGCAGCUCAGCCCCCGACACUGAGGGACAUUCCCACUGAAGCCCCUGCCGCCAUGCCCCCUCUUGAGAGCACCACGUGGGUAGCCAGA